GGAAUUAACUGAAUAGCAUUGAUAUCCACGUCGUUUUUGUUAAUAUUACACGUUCAGUUAAUAUGUACAUGAAUAACAUGUUAUAUUAUAGGGUAAUUUUGUGGUAAUUGUACACUCUAAGAAAAAAAAAAAAUGAUGAGCGCAGAAGAGGAUGACAAUAAUAUUUUAAGAGCUGAGUUUGAUGCAUUAAAUUUAAUCGAAGGGAUUACUCAAGUUUUACCCGAGGAAACAAUAUUUGUAGAAAACAAAAUAAUUAUUUCUAGUGAAGACACAUCUUUUAGCAAGUUGAUUACAAACGAUAACAGUACUCCUUUAUGUUCGAAUCAAACUUUAAUUCAAAGUGAUCAACUUGUAUAUGGAGAAGUUGAAGCGAAUAAAGAAACAAAAAAUCCAGUGUUUUCAGUUCAACCUAACGAAAGUAAUAUAUUGGAGCAACCCUACAAAAGUAACAUUUUUAUUCAAUCUAAUCAAAAUAAAGAUGACAACUCUGAAAAUAUGUUUUUAAAUAAUAUAUCUAUCCAAAACAAAGAUAAUAAGUUUGGAAAUCAUAGUAAUGUCUGUUCUAAUUAUGUAACUUCCACCUCUCAAACAACAAGUGAUGAGGAUUUAACCUUCAAAAAAAGCAGGGAUUAUGACAACAAUAUUUCUUCUAAUUCUUCAAAUCAAAACAUUCUUGAACAAAAUCAAGCUGGGCCUGUAGGUGAAUUGUUUGUACCGUCUAUAUACACAGUUCCGAAAGCCAACUCUUGUCAAGCAUCAUAUUUUGCUCCAGACAUUUCUUUAAAUACUGGUCUUUCAUAUCCGAUUUUUCAGACCCCAAUAAGUAAUAGUGUUAGAGAUCAAAUUUUGGAAUCCAACCCAAUUUUGGAAUCUAAUCCAACAGAUACACAGAUUUUGCCUAGUGAACCGUAUCCUAUUAAACAGUAUUCUAGUGAACAAAAAGGUAUAUGGAAUCUUCUGUGGGAUUCAAAUUGGACAACGCAACUAAAAAAUGCAACAAAUUCUGUGCUAACUACCUUGGAUCCUGGAAUGGAGGAGUAUUUAAAACCUACAAUGAGUAUAGGCGUUGGAACCACCAGUUUACCUGUACUUCAUGGUGUUAAAUCAGGUUUUAGCAAAAUUCAUGGAGCAGCAUGUGUCAAAGGUCAUCCUACUCCUAUAAUGAAUUAUUCGCUUCUUCCAGUUGGUUAUGAAUCUGCAAUUAAUUCUACCAAUGAAAUUUUGGAGUAUUUACGCAAUGUUGAAUUUGGAUUUUCAAGUGAAUACAUUUUUAUUGCAAGCCAACUGUUUCUUUUUCAACUUAUGCCAGAACGGUGGUUUGCUAUGCUAUGUCUUGGGCUUAAAGAUAGUUGUCGAGAUAUUGUUUUGCACUCAUUUUCUCAAUCUAUUUCUAUUCCGAACGAAGUAAUGACCAUUUUUUAUAACCAUAGUGUUCAAAGUUCAAGCUGUGUUGGCUUUAAUAUUAGUUUGUGUGAAGCUGUUAAAAUGUAUAUCCCUUAUACAUCAGACCAAGAUUGGUGUUUAGCUUUAACAGGGAUAUCUUUAAAAGAUUUGGUUUCUGCAACAGCUCAGUGUCUUUUUGCUGAUUAUAAGCGACAAAAGAUUUCUUUAAACUGUACAGAUAAUAGUUUUAAAUUUUAUAAUUCCGACAAAUCAAAUAAUAUUCACAGCAGUGUUCAGCUUAACCUUGAUUUAUUUUGACUAUUUAAAAAAAUAUUUUUAUUAUCAUAAUAUUUAUAUUAUUUAAAAGUUCAUGUAAAAUGAUUUAAUGUACCUCAAAAUGUUAUUAUUUGUUUUAUUUGUUAAAAAUUUUAUUUAAAACAUUUUGUAAUUUAAAGUUUAA